GCCCCUAACGACAUGCUGCUAUUUUAUCCCAAAAAUGUAUACCAUAAAGUUCGUUUUUAUAGGCUAUUUCAACCUGAUAGCAGAACAUUGCCUAAUUAUUAUCAAUUAUUGUAUUUGUAGAAAAAUACAAAUUACAUGAUGAUGUAUCAGUUAUUUUGAGCUCACUCGAUUUUGUUACAAAAAAUAUAUUAUUCUCAUUUUUACCCUGAUAUUAGACCAUGCGAUUAACCCUUGAUUAUUUGCACUGUAUUGAUUUAAAAAUAGUCUUAUAAAAAAGCCCUGCACGAAAACCUAGCACGAAGACACAAGAUGAAAGUUCAAACUCAAGACUGCAAAUUACUUCCUGAUAGUUUUUUGUUUCACUUUUAAUUUUGGUUGCUCAAUUGCGCUUUAUCUUGAGGAGUCUGGGAAUAAUUUACACCGGGAUUGUAUCUUUUAUCCAAUUUGCAACAGUUUAACAAGAUUAAUCCCGAUGUGGGAAUGGCGACUCCUGAAGUGUCAAACCAUUUAAAUGAGGCGGAGAACUUGGCUGUACAGCUGAGCGAGGCCAUUACAUGUGGCGACAAAGAUGAAGCAAAGCAAUGUGCCGAGAAACUUGCUGCUUUAUAUCUUCCGGUGUCCGUCAAGGUAGACCAGAAGGCUUACCCUCCAGACACGAUUCGGCUGAGUGUGGGAGUGGAGGAUGCUGAGCUGGACUCCAGCAUUCCAAUUACAAUGAUUGUAACUGUGGACAUGACCAUAUCAGAGCUAAAAAUUAAGAUCAAAAAUGACUUUGGUUUCCACCCCUUUCUUCAAACCUGGGUCAUCGGAAAACGACUGGCGAGGGAUACUGACACGCUGUUUAAUCACGGGGUGAGCAAGGAUGGGGAUCGGGCCUUCCUCUUUAUCAAGGCUGCCAAAGCUGCCCAUCUCAGCCGAGAGCAGCAGAAACAAGAGGCCCAGCACCAGCGACUGGAUGACAUCAUUGUUAGCAUGGAGAGGAACUCACUGGAACCCAGAGGAACUGGUCCUCCUGUUGCCGCCAAACCACGCCCACCUCCUUUGCUUCCAAAGCCUCCGCAGCUUCUAAGGCCAACGAUUGGCUGGGUAUGUCCAAUGUGCACAUUUUUGAACAAGCCCACCCGGCCUGGCUGUGAAAUCUGUGGCUGUGAGAGACCUGCAGGCUACAAAGUGCCUGCCGCGUAUCAGCCUGACAAGGACGAGGUUCUUAGAAUACAGCAAGAACAGGCGGCACGGCUGCAAUACGAGAGGGCUUUGGAUGAGCAAAGGGCAAGGAAUUUCCACUUUCACUUGGAAACAGAUUCGCAAAACCUAAUACAGAACAGUGAAGCAAUGGAAUGUCCAAUCUGCUUCAGCACCAUAGAACCAGGAGAGGGCGCUGUGUUGAGAGAGUGCCUGCAUGGCUUCUGCAGAGAAUGCCUAAAAGGAACAAUCAUCAACAACAUGGAUGCUGAGGUGGUGUGCCCUUACAUGUGUGAAGACUACUCCUGUAACUACAAACUCCUAGACAGGGAAAUACUUUCACUGCUUUCUCAAGGUGAGUACCAGAAGUUCCUGGAGUUGAGGCUGAGCAUUGCUGAGUCGCGCAGUGAGAACAGCUACCACUGCAAGACUCCUGACUGCGCCGGCUGGUGCAUCUAUGAGGACGAUGUCAACGUGUUUGAGUGUCAGCGCUGCCAGGAAACCAACUGCCUCCUCUGCAAGGCCAUUCACAAAGACAUGGACUGUCAGCAGUAUCAGGACGAUCUUCGCAUUCGAGCUGAAAAUGACAUUGCAGCAAAACAGACGGCUGACGCUCUCCAGGCCCUGAUAGAUAAUGGGGAAGCCAUGUACUGCCCCAAAUGCAAAGUGAUUGUGCAGAAGAAGGAUGGCUGUGACUGGAUCUGCUGUCUCAUGUGCAAGACUGAGAUCUGUUGGGUCAUGAAGCAGGCACGCUGGGGUCCGAAUGGUUCCGGGGACACUUCGGGUGGCUGCAGGUGCCGAGUGAAUAAUGUGCCCUGCCAUCCCAACUGUAACAACUGCCAUUAAUCCCUCCUCCCUCAUCUCCAUACGCACUACUAUAAGGGCAUAGCAGCGGUUGGGUGUGGGGCAUUUCACCUACCCUUAAUUACAUAAGAUCCCCCAAAACUGUGAUUUUUUCAAGGGAAACCUCCAUCCUCCCAAUUGUGAUUCUUCAGGGACACUGAAUGAUUGUUAAGUUAAAAACUGAUUUAUCUAUGAAAAGUUUAAUGAGGUUUGUAAUAACAGAGAGAGGGUAUGUGCACAGUGCGCAGUGCACACUGUACUGCGACAUACCGCUCUACUGUAGCAAUGAUUCUGAGGAGGUAGACAGUCCCAACAACACUACAGGACUUUGUGAAGGACUGUCGCCAUGUAACAACACAGAGACUGACAAACGCUGCCAGUGGUGUGACAACCAGAGGAACUUUUAGCUUCAGCUAGAGAGGAUGUCAACACGUGGCCAGAGGCAUAAAUGGCCUCUUCCUCUAUGAACCUAUGAACCUCCACAUGUAAAGCAACUUGAGACUUCUUUGUGUUUUAAAGUGUGCUAUAUAAAUAAAAUCCAUUAUUAUUUUAUUAUUUAUUACUGGCUUUGAUGGAACUCAAAUGAGUGUGAUCAGCCAUGAGAUCAGGUUUCAUGAUGAACGCCACAGGCAGACAAAUUGUAGCAUUUAUGAAGGGAUUCUGUUGUUAUGGUUCUAUUUUUCUGUGUAUUUUUGAACAAUUGUCUGGUUAGUCCUGAGGUCUGCAACUGUCAGGUGUUUGUCAAUAAAAAAGGGAACAAGAGACA